UCUAGCGGGUCACUCCUCUAGGUUUACUAUCCCUUUUACGCUAGGCUCUCUCGGUUCGCGCGCUAUACAACCCGUAGGAUUGUCUAAUGAAUGUGUAGCGUUGAGUGAGUGUACAGAAAUUUAUCCAAAAUGGAGCGCUAUUGUGGACUAUCCGUGGAACAGUUGUACGGACUAUUGGAGCCAAAAGAGGCCGUCCUCGUGUUAGACUGUCGGCCGUUUAUGGCUUACAACACUGGCCAUGUCCUCACAGCCUCGAAUGUCCACUGUCCUCCCAUACUGAAGAGGCGGUCCGGUGGUUUUGUGUCAUUGGAGAACAUUAUACCAUGCGAGAAAAAACGUCAACAGUUGCUUGCUGGACACUAUGCGUAUGUUGUGAUGUACGACAAGGACUCGGUAGAACUGUCCAAGUCCUCUGCGCCAGACUCCAACCUUUUCUCUGUGAUGAAGAGUUUCCACCAACAAGUACAGCAGGGAAACGUCUACUAUUUGAAGGGUGGAUAUAAGGCAUUCCUCGAGAGAUACCCCCACCUGUGUGUCAAUCAAAGCGCUUCAGUGGGCGGUCAGUUGUGGAAAGAGGGCGACCUGGGGAACACCAUGGUAACAACUACUGCGCUUGUAGUGAAGACCGAGGACGCUCCGGUGGAGAUCUUACCGCAUCUGUACCUCGGGGACUGUGCUCACGCAGGAAACAAGGAAAUCCUGGACAGACUGGGCAUCACUGCUCUUCUCAAUGUCUCCAAAAAAUGCAAAAACUAUUUUUCACAAGAUUUUCUGUACAAAACGAUCCCAGUUGACGACAACAGCUUUGCUGACCUCGCCUGCUGGUUCUAUGAAGCCAUAGAUUUUAUUGAACUGGUGCGUCAGAAUGAAGGUCGUGUCCUGUUACAUUGUAAAGCGGGUAUUAGCCGCUCGGCCACCAUCUGCCUCGCCUAUUUGAUGUUUACCAAGGGUUACAGUCUGGAGGAAGCUUACCAGUACGUCCAUAGCAGACGCAGUGUCAUUUCUCCUAACCUCAACUUCAUGAGACAGCUUGACGAGUUCGAGAAGGAGCUUCUGACUUCCCGAACAACCGUCUUGGCGUCUACCUUGUCGGCGGCCUCCACCGGGGUGACCAAAACGUUUACCUGGCCUUUGCCCUCGGUGACAAUAGGUCAGGGCCGUGCCACGGAGUACUUGGAGUAUAACUAUGACUAUUCACCUUUAAGCUCCCCUACCCUGAUUGUCAGUUCAUUGCUGACCCCCAGCUAACCUCACCCACGUACCGCAAGGCUCGAUCGGGCCUGUGGUUAUUUUCCCAAGGUGCUACACGUCAUAUCAACAACGUUGACUGGCCAGAAAGGUCGAGUUUCCGUUUCCGGAUGUAAGUGUUUUACCUGCAACGGACGCAGUCAGUCAACUUUUCAUGGUGUGCUAUCUGUGAUACAUAUAAUUCUCCCAAAUAAAGAACUGAGGUUACUUGUUUUCCAACAAGCUCAACAAGCCAAUUCGUAAAAAAACAAUUGACACAAGUGCCAGUGCGUUUGAGAAAAAUAUUCUGUUUAUUCUAAGAAUUCCCUACCGUAACGUUCUUUAACUGAUGAAUUCAGCCAUGUUUUGUUAUUUUUCUUUGUUUGUUAUGCUAUUGUUCUUGCAUGCCUACAGUUUAAUUUUGAUCAUCUGUGAAGUCAUGCUUGCCCUUGGCCUCUGGAGCUGAAAGGGCGUCAAUAGUAUUAAUCGUCAAUCAUAUCUGUCAGUUUAAUUAAGUAAUGAAUGUUUCAGUCAGUGAUAAUCUUUUCAUUAAUACUUUCUAUUUAAGAAUCAUUUAGACAUAACAGUUAAUUACGUUUUGUAUUCUCUAAAUUCUGCUUAACAUUCCAACUAGGGGGGAAAAUAUAUAUGUAUGACUAUCAUACCUAGACACAGAAAUGUACCGCUUUUACUUAUAUGGUGAUGGACGUCCAUCAGCAUGUCAGUAUAUAUUGGACAUUACUGCAUCAAGCCUAUACCUGCCCUGCGGUUUGUAUUCUGGGCUCUGGCCAAAUACUCCAUAUGCCAGCGAGUGGGCUUAAGCCUUCAUUCUGGUUUUUCCGUACAGGAGAACUGGAAGGUACAGUGACCGAGUGAAUCUUGUUGGUGGGAUCCACUAUGUGGGACUCGGCAUCGCUGAGAUCAAUAGGAGGAGGGGGCGUCUUUGGAGGCUGGGAGCGAGCUAGGCUGUGUUAAGACAGUCCGCCCACGCUCUCGCGUCUAGCCCUUACCACAGAGGACCGCCUGUAUUAAUGAUGUAUAAGGUCGCUGAAGUAUUCAGGCCUCUCUGUUAGAUGUGAAGGAGUGAAGCUGUCUUAAGCUCGUUCAAAUCGCUCCGUCAUUAGGGUUCUGUAGUGUGGGGCGUGUCACUCGAUGACGCCACCGCGUCUUGCUUCAACCAGGUUAAUCAAAGGCUCAACUAAUCUCAGAUUUUGUCAGCUAUCUACUCGCACAUCCCAGCAGACGCGAUCUCAUCAUCUGUUCUUAGCCCUCCUGAGCGAAAAAUGGCCAUGACAUAUUUUUGAUCAUCCCAAAUGUUGUGAACCUCCUUCGUUUAACUGUUUUAUUCUGCUGAGGUUCAUUGCCUCGAUGACCAACCAUAGGCUGCCGAUCCUUUUUUGUUUUACUCAUUACUAUUCUCACAUCAUACUCGAAAUUAACGAAUUUAUCAGUCAGUAUUUAACAGGGUAUGUAUUCAGAAUUAUUGACUCAGGUAAGGUCGCAAAGUACGGCAAGAUUCUUGUCUCGCAUCACUCGUAUUAGGCGUUUGAUGUGUCUUAGAUCCACCAUGUUGCCAUCAUGGAAUCCCACUGAGUUUUCGGCACUGUCGUGCGUCAUUUAACAAUGGUCAUCUCUUUGAGACCCGUCUGUCAGUGGUGGACAACCUAUCCGUGUUGGUAGUAACCCGACAUUAGAAGCCAUAUAUUGUUCGAAAAGAGGCCAUACACUUCCGGUGAUUGGUUGUACGUCGGGAUUUAUUGUUGACUGACGUCACGGUGGCUACACCACGAGGAGAUAACGCUUAUAUACAUUCCACAGGUGUGCGUUUAGAGAGUAUCCGGAGUUAACAAUGAGGUAUCCUGUGUACUAUAUCAGCAUGGUUAGAGCUAAAGUGACACCUAAACAUCAGCAAUAAACACGCCUUAUCAUAUCGUAGCCACUCAGUAUUAUAUAUAUCCGAUCUCAUCGGAUUCACUCCAUCUAUUAAAGCCCUUUGCAUACAAAUACUUUAUUGUCUAACGUUAUGUGCACAGACUUUUGCUAUAAAAAGUCGACCAAAGGUGUAAACUUGGAUUAAGUAUCAUAACAUGGUGACAUGGUUGAUCAAAGAUGUAAACUUUCAUUACACAUGUAUAUCGUGAUACAAUGUCGACCUCUCGGGUGUACUGUCGUUAUGUGUCCCAAAUUAAAAAAGUGUAAACUCUCAUCCUGUAUCACUGAUAUGAAUAAAUAUACUAUUGUAGAUACAAAAAUGGUUGUGAAGAGUUACCUGCUGAUUGUUUUUGUAAUAAGAGGCCACUUUGAACUGUUAAAACGUUUGUCAGACUGUCAAGGACAUUCUUAAGGUCACAUUACCUAUGUAAAUGGCUGGCAGCCAAAGGUGUGUGUCGACCAAUUUGGAUAAUGCAGUGUACGUGCUCAAAGUAAGAUCAACUCAACUUGGCUGCAUUUUCAUUUUGUUUUAAUAUAUCAGCAUAAAGCUGUACUCCUUAAGUUAGGAAGGUUUUGAUCCACAAUGUAUUAUGUAUUAAUUACUGUGUAAUUAUGUAUGAUUUACUGUAUUUGGAAGUUUUGGGAAGACAUUUUUGUUAGAGACUAUAGAUACUGAAUACAUGACAUGCACAUGUCACAUAUAACAGUUGAAAGAAAUCAUAUUCAUUUAUUUAUUUAGCUGAUUGGUCUUUUACGCCGUACUCAAGAAUAUUUUACUUAUACGGCGGCGGCCAGCAUUAUGGUGGGAGGAAACCGGGCAGGGCUCGAUGGAAACCCACGACCAUCCACAUGUUGCUGGCAGACCUUCCCAUGUACGGCCGAAGAGGAAGCAAGCAUGAGUUGAACUUGAACUCACAGCGACCGCAUUGGUGAGAGGCUUCUGGGAAUCCAUUACGCUGCUCUAGCGCCCUAACCAACUGAGCCACGGAGGCCCCGAAAUAAUA